AUGGGAAAGCCAGCCUCGUCUCCAUGGCAAACUUGGUCUCAUUCAUGUUUAGGAAGCGAGGAGGAGGAUUCCGAACACUCAGGAUACAGCCCCACAGAACCAACCGAUGAAGAGACGACAAGUGCUUUGGCUGAGGUGACCACAGAAGUGUUGGCUGCACACACGAACUCUACCUAUACCGAUGAGACCCCAAACCAGCUGGAGUUUGUACUGAUGGUGGCGAUCCCUGUGACUGCGCUGGUCAUCUUUCUGUCAGUCAUCCUCCUCAUAACCUACUUUAAAAUCAAGAGACCUAAACAAGAGCCUUCUAGCCAAGGAUCUCAAAGCGCCUUGCAGACAUAUGAACCAGGAGGUGGAAACAUGAAAGUCCCUAUUUUUGAAGAGGACACACCCUCUGUUAUGGAAAUUGAGAUGGAAGAGCUGGAUAAAUGGAUGAGCAGCAUGAGCAGGAACGCCGACUACGAGUGUUUACCUACUUUGAAGGAAGAAAAGGAGCCAGCGCUCAGCCCAAGUGACAGUGAAUCCUGAGUCUGAGUGGCGUUGACAGUUUCCCAGAGAGCACUCCCUGUGGGCACCUGCUGGGCCUGCCAAGGGAGGAAGAAGAGGACACAAGUUUAAUUCACUUCAAAUCAGUGUAGACACAAGGACUUUUUGGUGUUUCUUCUACCGCCCCCUCUUCAGAUGCUGGCAUCCCCCUGUCUGGGAAGAAUGAGGGACCAAAGUCUUGGAAAGACCUGGCUGCCCACCAGCCAUGGUGGGAGAAGGUGUCCCGUG